UGUAUUUUGAUCUUUGUGAUUACAAUUUUCCACCAUGGGAACGAAGUUCUUAGCUCUGUGUUUGUCUCUCUGUCUUGUUCUCUCAAGCUUCUAUGAAGUUUCUUGCCAGGAUGAAGGAACUGGAGGUUUGAGUUUAGAUCUAAUCGACCGUGAAUAUAAAACUAAUGUCAACACUCUCCAAGGCAAUGAAGCAGCAGAUCAAACUGAGACCAGUGGUCAGAAAAACAGUACAGUGACUGAAAACAACACUAUCUCUUUGUCUCUAACUGAAGAGCCAGUAGUGGAAACUCUUAAAGAUUCUGUUGAUACAUCAGCUCAGGUAGGAGCUGUUACUGAUGAAGUCAUUAAAGGUCCGAGUAUGUUGGACCAUAUCGAACUUGAGUUCGAAGCCCAUAUCAAUGAACUUAAAAAGGCUGGAUCUGAUGUUAUCAACAAAGUUGAUGAAUCUAAAGAUGAUGAAGAAGCUGCUAGGAGACAUAAAAUGUUGGAAGCCAUUGAACGCGAGUUUGAAGCUGCUGCUGCUGGGUUUCAACAACUAAAGAUUGAUGAUUCCACACAAGGGAUAGAUGAUGAACAAUCUGCAAUGAGACAAAGCAUGUUGGAUGAGAUUGAACGUGAUUUUGAAGCUGCUACAAAGGGUCUUGAACAACUAAAGGCUGAUGAUUUAACUGGAGUCAAUGAUGAAGAACAUGAAGCAAGGAGACAAAAGAUGCUAGAAGAGAUCGAAAGAGAGUUCGAAGAAGCUACAAAAGGUCUUGAAGAGCUAAGGCAUUCAACCUCAAGCAAAGAUGAUGAAGCACACUCUGCAAAGAGAGAGAAUAUGCUAGAUGCUAUUGAACGCGAGUUUGAAGCUGCUACAAGUGGUCUUAAAGAGCUAAAGAUUAAUGCUCACACUGUCAAAGAUGAUGAUGAUACAGAAAAAGCUGCCAAGAGACAAAGUAUGCUAGAUGCAAUUGAACGCGAAUUUGAAGCCGUUACUGAGAGUUUUAAGCAACUUGAAGAUCUCGCCGACAGCAAACAGGAGGGAGACCAAUCUGCAACGAGGCAAAGUAUGUUGGAUGAGAUUGAACGUGAAUUUGAAGCUGCUGCAAGUAGCCUGAAGCAACUAAAUCUUGACGACUUCACUGAAGGAGAUGACAAUGCACAAUCUGCAAAGAGAAAUAGCAUGCUUGAAGCUAUUGAACGCGAGUUUGAAGCUGCUACAAAAGGCCUUGAAGAGCUAAAGGCUAAUGAUUCAACCGAUAGCAAGGAUGAUGAUGAACAUGCUGCAAGGAGAAAAAGUAUGCUUGACGCUAUUGAACGCGAGUUUGAAGCCGCGACAAGAGGCCUUACGGAGAUAAAGAAUGAAUCAGAACAAGCUGAAAGCAAGAGGAGCCUUAUGUUGGAAGAAAUCGAACGUGAAUUUGAAGCUGUUACAAUUGCAAAGGCUAAUGGAGAUGACUCUUCGAAAAGUACAUCAACCAUAAAUGUAGCGCAGAAAACUUAUGCCGGAUACAGUGCUGGUUUAGAAGGUCUUCUAAAGCCUGCAGAUGGUGUAUGUGGUUGUUUUAACCAAGACAAAGAUGGUCUUAAGGCAGACACGGAUUCUUCCAUUAACAUAGCAGAGAUACUCGCUGAAGAAUCCAAAUCCCAGGGCUCAGAGACUUCUCGCCUCACCACAUCAUUGAACAAUCUUGUUCACACCCACAGAAAAGAAACGUCCUCAAAGGUAGGCUCAGUCCUUGGCUCAUCAUCAGUUACUUCUACCACAAGCGAAUCAUCAGCUACAUCAGAGAGCAUAGAGAGCUUGAAGCUAACCCUAAAGAAGCUACGUGGUCUAAGCGCACGUGAUCUCGUAAACCAUCCAAACUUCGAUGAGAUUAUAGCAGCCGGUACACGUUACGAGGUACUCAGCUCAGCUUCUAUUGGUUACAUCUCUUUGCUAGCCAAAUACAAAACCGUCAUUAAAGAAGGACUCGAGGCUUCUCAGAGAGUCCAGAUAGCUCAAACCAGAGCCAAACUGUUGAAAGAAACCGCAAUGGAGAAGCAGAGAUCCGUAGACUCGGUAUUCGCAGCAGCAAAGACCACGGCUCAACGAGGAGACGCGUUGCAAAUCAGAAUCGUUGCGAUCAAGAGACUGCUGGCGAAGCUAGAAGCAGAGAAAGUGAACGUCGAUUCGAAGUUCAAGUCGCUGACGACGAGUCUGUCACAGCUACUAAAGGAGGCGUCCCAGGCAUACGAAGAGUAUCACGAGGCGGUGCGUAAGGCAAAGGACGAGCAAGCAGCGGAGGAGUUUGCGGUAGAGACGACGAAGAGAGCAGAACAUAUAUGGGUUGAGUUUCUUAGUUCACUUAAUUGAGCUAAUGAGAUUCUUGAUUGUAUUUAAAGCACAUGUUCAAUUAGUUGUGGUUCUUGUCUUUUAUUUUCUGGUGUUGUUUUGUUUGAGACUUUGUUUGUUGGUUAUAUCAGGGGAGAGAGGUUGAAGUGAACUUACCUUUCUUUAGAUAAAUGAGAGAUUUGUGAACACACAAUAAUGUUUUAGUCGUCUAUUAAUAAAACCUUUAUUUUUUUCUUUUUUUAA